AGUCGACGCUGACACGCAGCAUGUGUCUGGUCCUGGUCCACACAAACACUGUGGAAAACAAGCGUUAAGUACUAUUAUUGAGCGAACCCUUUGAACAAACAUGUCUUCUAAAAGUCGGGAAAACGACGAUAAUUCCGAAGGACACUCUGCACUGAAGGAGGAACUGAAUAAACAGGUUAAGGAGCAGAAAGUUGUCGUGGAUGAGCUCUCCAAUCUGAAGAAGAGCAGAAAAGUUUACACCCAGCAAAGGAACAGCAACAUAUUCUUCCUGGCAGACAGAGGACAGACUCUCAGCUCGUCCAAAAAGAAACUGGAUAUUCUGAAAAAGGAACUGCAGGACAUGUGAUACCAUCCAUCCUUCACCACAUCU